UAUGCAUAAUUAAUGAUUAUAAAACUAAUAUUUAUAUAAACACGUAUUUUCUUUUAUCUCGGCCUUCCUUAUAACCUUCAAUUUUUUUAGUGGAGUAACCAAACAAGGUCUUAGGGCUUUUUCCUUCCAUGCAAAACGACACCGCACGCUCCAUACAACAAUAAUAAAGGCUUCACCUCUGCCAGCGGCCCAGCGAAUGCUGCUGAGUGCUGACGCAUUCACGCGAAACCACUGUGUGAGAAGAACUGCGAAGUGGAAGUGAGGGAAACCGAGAGAAAAUGAGUGGAACCAUAAAGAAAGUCACAGAUGUGGCAUUUAAAGCAUCAAAGAGCAUUGAUUGGGAUGGGAUGGCGAAGCUUCUUGUCUCCGACGAGGCUCGCAAGGAGUUCUCAUCCCUUCGUCGUGCUUUCGAUGAGAUUAAUUCCACCCUUCAGACCAAGUUCAGCCAGGAACCUGAACCCAUUGACUGGGAAUAUUAUAGAAAAGGAAUUGGCUCACGCUUGGUGGAUAUGUAUAAAGAGGCUUAUGACAGCGUAGAGAUCCCCAAGUACGUGGACACAGUUACUCCAGAGUACAAGCCUAAAUUUGAUGCAUUGUUGGUGGAAUUGAAAGAAGCAGAGGAGAAAUCCCUGAAGGAAUCAGAACGUUUGGAGAAAGAAAUUGCCGAAGUUCAAGAGUUGAAGAAAAACCUCAGCACCAUGACUGCUGAGGAGUACUUUGCGAAGCAUCCUGAGCUGAAGAAGAAGUUUGAUGAUGAAAUCAGGAAUGAUUACUGGGGCUAUUGAUCAUAUUUAACCAUUCAUGGCUAUCAACACAACGGAGUUGUUCUUUUUUGCUAUAAUAAUUACCAACAAAUUAUUUCUUUCUAAUUUGUUUGCUCUCAUUCUGUAGAAUUAAGCUUCAAUGGUGUCAAUGGAAAAUGCUGGAUUUCCAUCUCAA